UGCUCAACUCUAUUCGCCAGGGUUUCCCCACGCCCACGGAGGUGAAUCAGCUGUGGCCCUGACCAGGAGGAACUCACAGUCUAGUGCGAUAGACCGUGGUCAGCAGAUGUGUCCUGCCCAGUGAGAGGGUGAGGCCCCUGAAAGCUGCAGAGCUCAUCCCGGCCUGGCUUCUGCUCAGGGCCACCCUGGAUUCACCGGGAGCCCCUGCUUCUCCUCCCUCCCCAUCCCACCCCCAAAGCUGUUUGGCCAUGCCAGUGGUGCUAGAACGUGCGUGUUGUGCCUAAGGCAGAGUGUGUGUGUGUGGCAUAGACUCGGCUCUCUUCUGCAGCCUCUUUGGGGCCAUAGGACCAGGUGCUGUUUUGAGUGACACACUGUUCUGAACUCUGCCCCAAGGGGGCUCCUCUGCUGGACAUGCCUGUGCCCGAAGAGGGCACCCCGCCACCGCUGAGUGGCACCCCCGUCCCGGUUCCAGCCUACUUCCGCCAUGCAGAACCUGGCUUCUCCCUCAAGAGGCCUCGGGGGCUCAGUCGGAGCCUCCCGCCCCAGCCCCCUGCCAAGGGCAGCAUCCCCAUCAGCCGCCUCUUCCCUCCUCGGACCCCAGGCUGGCACCAGCCCCAGCCCCAGCGGGUGUCGUUCCGAGGCCGAGCCUCCGAGCCCCUGCAGAGCCCCGGGUAUGACCCGAGCCGGCCGGAGUCCUUCUUCCAGCAGAGUUUCCACAGGCUCGGCCGCCUGGGCCACGGCUCUUAUGGAGAGGUCUUCAAGGUGCGCUCCAAAGAAGACGGCCGGCUCUAUGCCGUGAAGCGCUGCAUGUCGCCUUUCCGGGGCCCCAAGGACCGGGCCCGCAAGCUGGCCGAGGUCGGCGGCCAUGAGAAGGUGGGGCAUCACCCGUGCUGUGUGCGGCUGGAGCAAGCCUGGGAGGAGGGCGGCAUCCUAUACCUGCAGACAGAGCUGUGUGGGCCCAGCCUACAGCAGCACUGUGAGGCCUGGGGCACCAGCCUGCCCGAGGCCCAGGUCUGGGGCUACCUGCGGGACACCCUGCUGGCCCUGGCCCACCUGCACAGCCAAGGCCUGGUCCACCUUGACGUCAAGCCCGCCAAUAUCUUCCUGGGGCCCCGGGACCGCUGCAAGCUGGGUGACUUUGGGCUGCUGGUGGAGCUGGGUGCAUCCGGAGCUAGCGAGGCCCAGGAGGGAGACCCUCGCUACAUGGCCCCCGAGCUGCUUCAAGGCUUUUAUGGGACAGCGGCAGAUGUGUUCAGUCUGGGUCUCACCAUCCUGGAGGUGGCGUGCAACAUGGAGCUGCCCCAUGGUGGGGAGGGCUGGCAGCAGCUGCGCCAGGGCUACCUGCCCGCUGAGUUCACUGCUGGCCUGUCUUCUGAGCUGCGUUCUGUCCUCACCAUGAUGCUGGAACCUGACCCCAAGCUGCGGGCCACAGCUGAGGCCCUGCUGGCCCUGCCCAUGCUCAGGCAGCCGCGGCCCUGGACCGUCCUGUGGUACAUGGCUGCCGAGGCCCUCAGUCGAGGGUGGGCCCUGUGGCAGGCCCUGCUUUCCCUGCUGUGCUGGCUCUGGCACGGGUUGGCACACCCUGCCAGCUGGCUGCAGCCCCUGGGUCCGCCGGCCACCCCGCCUGGCUCGCCGCCCUGCAGCCUCCUCCUGGACAGCAGCCUCGCCAGCAACUGGGAUGACGACAGCAUAGGGCCCUCGCUCUCUCCAGAGGCCAUCCUGGCCAGGGCUGCCGGGAGCACCUCCACCCCCUGCAGUGGCUCCCCUGCCCCCCGGGGCAGGUACACGCUGAGGGAUUCUCUGGACCUAAGUGACAUUGACUCAGAGCCCCCACAGGGCACCUUCCCCUCCUUUGAGCCCCGGAACCUCCUCAGCCUGUUUGAGGACUCACUGGGCCCAACCUGAGCCCACGGGCCCGGGCUCGGCACUUUUAACCU